AUGAGUAAUCCUUUCAUAUCAAAGGACGCCGAACUUCACGUAUUGACGAGAACAGAGGAAGAAAAUUGCUACAAAGAUAUGAAAGCAAAGGCUUUAGAAGCCUGUGAGCUACCCAUUAAAGAUUUUGUCGAAUGCAGUAAGGAGCACAACGUUACUGUCAUGUGGACUUGCCGAAAAAAACUAAAAGCAAUGAAUAGUUGUUUAAAUCAGAGUAGGACAUCACAAGAAGUAUUGGAUAAACUUUUAUUAAAAAAGUUAGAAGAAAAAAGAAGAACCAUGAAACAGCAAUAG